AUGUCUCAGUCAUUAAUUAUAUUCAGACCAUCGGGCAAGGUCGAGUAUCAGUACAAUAACAAAAUUACUCCAUUCAAUGACUUUAUCUCCACCUUGAUUAACGAAACUCAAAUUGAUUUGGAUCAAAAUUUCACCACCGAUACCAUAAAUCAAAAACGUUUCUACUGCUACCACAAGGAGAAUGUGUAUGUGGUACUAUACUUUGACGCUAUUACCACAAUAAACAGCGAUAAAAUAAAGCAAGCACUUGUAGGGGUUUACAAAACUUUUAAGAAAUUUAAAGAAUCACACAACCUAGAAGAAAAUAAGUUCCAUAGCUUGGUCGAUCUACAAUUCAAUAACUUGAUGAAGUCAAAGCAAAAUGUUGAAGAACAACUGGCAACUACUAAAGAAGUCAAGAACUCCAUCAACGGACCGAAAAAUGUAAGCAAGCAAACGCCACCACCUACCCAAAAACAAGCAUCGUCAAAGAAAAUGAGAAAGUGGGAUAAUAGUGGUGAAAUGGUUGAUUACGCCGACCAGAAAGUAUUGGACUACUCGGCCAAUCAAGGUCAAGAUGUAUCUGCACAGCCAAACCAGAUGAAGGUGAACAGUGAAGCUGCCUUUACAAGAGACAGUGAUUUGGUCUUGGUGAAUGAGUUGAAUGACAUAUUAAAUGAAUCCGACGAAGAUGAUGAGGAUGAAACGCAAAGUAAGCAGUCUGGUUUUUUUGGCAAAAUUGGGUCUUAUUUCGGUGGUGCCAUUGAUGUCGACGAGGUUUCCAAAAAAUUUAAUGAACAGUUGAUGUCCAAAAAUAUAGCUCCCAGUACAGCCAAAACCAUUAUUGAUAAACUCAAGUCAAGGCUUUCAGGCAAAAAAGUGAAUAUGACCACUUAUAAACAAACUUUGGUUGACGAACUCACCAAGAUUCUUACCCCAAACGUGUCAACGGAUUUAUUGUAUGAGAUCAAAAGAAAUGACACAGGAAGACCUUAUGUUAUAUCGGUUGUGGGUGUGAAUGGGGUUGGAAAAUCAACCAAUCUUGCUAAAUUGGCUUAUUGGUUUCUCCAAAAUAAUCUCAACGUGCUAAUAUGUGCCUGCGAUACUUUUAGGUCGGGAGCAGUGGAGCAAUUGAAGGUUCACGUAAAUAACCUUGACAGAUUGAAUUCAGAACAUGCCAACAAGUCGAAGAUUGCCUUGUUUGAGAAGGGUUAUGGUAGUGGUGACCAUGUGGUACAAACUGCCAAAUCAGCCAUACAAUAUGCCACAGAAGAACACUUUGACGUGGUGUUGAUCGAUACCGCUGGAAGAACUCAUUCCAAUGCUAAGUUGAUGGCACCAUUAAAGAAGUUUGGAGAUGCUGCUAAUCCAAACAAGAUUAUCAUGGUGGGAGAGGCGUUGGUCGGUACUGAUUCUGUUGAACAGGCAAUAAACUUCAACAACGCAUUUGGAAAUAGGAGAAAUUUGGACUUUUUCAUUAUAUCAAAGGUUGAUACGGUGGGCGAUUUGGUGGGAACAAUGAUCAAUAUGGUUAUGGCUACCAAAGUGCCCAUAUUGUUUGUGGGUACAGGACAAACGUAUACCGAUAUCAAGAGGUUGAGUGUAAAGCAAGUUGUAGACAUGUUGACCAAGUGA